UGUAUUAAGUUGUUUAGUAGCAGUUUGCCGCGAAUUCAUUAGUUCUUGUUUAGGUUUUUAAGAAAUGGCAAAAGGAACAUUUUAUUUUCCUGGUCUUAAAACUGUGCAACAACUAUCUCAUCAGGAUGUAUCGAUGCAAUAAUGUAUUAAUAAUAUAUAUUUCGUAUUGUUUUGUGUCUUCCUGCGGGCGAUACCUCUUAGUUCCUCCUCAAAUCGUACCUCAUGUCGUUUGAAAUAUAUGCGUCGAUGUCUAUUAAGAUCUGUGUCAACAAACAACAAAUCUUUGAUCGGUGAUGAAAAAAGCCAGCUGAAGUCAUGGCAAGAGAUACCUGGCCCUCCAACACUACCUAUCGUUGGGCAGCUGCUCAAUUAUCUACCAGGAGGUAUCUUUUAUAAAAAGAAGGAAGAAUGGCCUGAGAUAAUGUACAAGAACUAUGGACCAAUUGUUAGACUUGGAGGCACUUUCGGAUUACCUCCAAUGAUUUUUCUUUACGAACCCGAAGCUGCAUUUCAUAUAUUUCGUAAUGAGAACUGGACACCCGUCAGGCCUGGAUUUCAAUCGCUAGAAUAUUUUCGAAAACAUUAUAAAAAGAAAAAAGAUGAUAGUCUUCAUGAAACAACCGGUUUGAUGACUGAACACGGUGAAGAGUGGAGGAAGUUCCGGACUACGGUAAAUCAAGUGAUGUUACAGCCAAAAACUAUAAAAUUAUAUUCUGAUACUUUGAUAGUAGUGGCGGAUGACAUGAUUAAAAGAAUGAGAUUGAAACGCAAUGAAAAAAAUAUGUUGGAAGGUAAAUUCGAUACAGAAAUUAAUUUGUGGGCAUUAGAAGCAAUUGGCGUUGUCGCUCUUGGUGACCGCUUAAACUGCUUCGAUCCAAAUCUUCCAAAAGAUUCACCAGUGAAAAAACUUAUACAAGUUGUACGGGAUGUUUUAACAGUAUCUGAAAAACUUGACUUCCAGCCGAGCCUUUGGAGAUACAUCGCAACGCCAACAUUUAAGAAAGCAAUGAAAUUCUAUGGUGAUCAAAUGAAGUUAAAUGAGUAUUUUAUCAACAAAUCUAUAGAAAAACUCAAAGUCAAGGAUAAAACAAAUGAACAGGAAGGCGUUCUAGAAAAACUACUUGAAAUAGAUCACAAAAUUGCAGUGAUUAUGGCAAGCGAGAUGUUGUUUGCUGGCGUUGACACGACUGCUAAUACUAUAAUAGGUGCAUUAUAUCUUCUUGCGAAGAAUCCGGAAAAGCAAAAUAAAUUGAGAGAAGAAAACUUAUUAAAGCAAGAAAAGAAACCAUACCUUAGAGCAUGUAUUAAAGAAACUAUUAGAUUGUUACCCGUAAUAGGUGGCAACUUUCGGCAAACCACAAAAGAAUAUAACGUUAUGGGAUACAAAAUACCAAAAGGCAUGUUCGUUAUUGUUGCUAAUCAGUAUAUGUGCUUGAUGGAAGAAAAUUUUCCGCAACCAACUGAGUUUAUCCCAGAGAGGUGGAUCGUCGAUAAAAGUGAUCCCUUGUACUAUGGAAAUACACACCCGUUUGUUUACAGUCCAUUCGGUUUUGGAGUGCGAAGUUGCAUUGGUCGACGUAUAGCAGAACUUGAGAUGGAGACAUUCCUUGAGAAGCUCAUAGAAAAUUUUGAAAUAGAAUGGUUUGGGCCUCCGAUGAAAACGCGAGCAACAUCCAUUAACUAUUUGAUCGGACCUUAUAAUUUUAUUUUUAAGGAUGUCAAAUAAAGUUUCAUCAUAUUAUUGUAAAAAGUAUAAGUAUAAGUCUGAAUAGUUUCAUAAAAGCGUCGUUUCUGUUUGAGUGCAAACUCAACAAACCUAGACCAAAAUUUUAAUAAUUUUAAAAUUUUAAACUCUCUACGGGAGCCCUAUCAAGGGCAGGACAUGCAAGGUUUGUUACGUAAACCCAUUCGAUAGCGCAUCGAAAUUAUCAAUAUAACUAGUAAUAUUAAUACUAAUAUUGCUAAACAAAAGUGUCUUGUUCUUAUCUUCUUGGAUCUUCUUAAUAGGAUUUUUAAAUUAUUUGUCAAAACAAACAAAAUAUAAAUUUUGUGAGAUUUAAAAAAAAAGGCAAUGAACUCGGAACUAGUCGCACUUAAUAGCCAGUCUAAUAAACAUCA